CUGAGUUUAAGAUUGCAAGGUGCAUACUGCAAAAUAUUGUGACAUAUUUUCCAACCGCGCCAGAAAGAUGGGAAGUGUACCAAUACCGAAAGCUGGUCAGACUAGCCAAAAACUAGCCAAACAUGCUGGACUUUAGGUUUUCAAGCGAGAUUCAAAUGGCCGAGUGUGAGUACAGCUGCUUUACCAGGGCCAAUUUGACAGUGCAUGCGGUCGCUAUAUCACCUCAACUUGUGAUGGAGCAGCUGCAAUUGAUGUUUUAUAUUAACAAUGGAACAUAUGGCCAUUUGUUGGCAUGUCAAGGCAAAUCCACAGUGACAUACUAACUUCACUUUGGCUUCACUUUCUUUAUUCUCCAUUGUCACUUCCAGACAGAGGCAGCUCUGUUGAGCAAUACAUGCACACCACAUCCAGGACUAUGUAGCAGACGAACAGCACUCGCUACUCGCCGCCUGCCUGGUGGACAUUAAGGAACCAGAUGUUUCCAUCGGGAGUUCAAACAGACCAACACCAGCACUGGGAAAAGGCGAAGAGGAGCUUUCUGCUGACAAUUCAAUCCUCUUCAAGAUGGCAAACCUUGUGACAUCGCUGUGCUGUGUAGUUCUGGCCGCAGUGGUUGUAGCCUACGCGCAGAGACGCAGUCAGCUUGUUGCCAGGAACCAAUAUGAGCGAAUGGGCAGUGACGUCACCAUGCGGUGCGGCUCUCUGGACAACGAUGCGUCGGUGUCAUGGAAGGUGAAUGGGACAGACGUGAAGGCCCAGCACCGUCUGGAGGGCCCCAGACUGAUACUGACCCAAGUGGACCUGGGCCACAAUGGACUCUACAGCUGCUUUCAGAACCCAAACGGAGAGAGACGUGACACCAUCAACCUCCGCAUUGGCAUUUCCCCUCGGGAGCCGUUGAUCACCUGUAGAUCCAAUACGUAUCCCAAAGGAUUCUACUGCAGUUGGCACCAGCAACACUCCACAUACAUCCCCACUACCUUUGAAGUGGAUGUACAACAUAACCAGCGUUCACUGGAGGUGCAGAAAGAUUCCUUCCAUAAGAAUCGUUGCCACGUACGUUUUCCAGAGGUCUUCUCCAGCUUCCCGUACAAAGUCAACGUGACAGCUAUCAACGCUUUGGGGAAAGCCUCCAACACCUUAUCUUUUGAAGAGUCCAGUAUAGUCAAACCCGACCCCCCUGAGCGAGUCACGGCGACCCCGAUUCGUUACAACGCUCGCAGGUUGGAGGUCUCCUGGCAAAGUCCUGCCACCUGGCCCGACAUCGACAACUUCCCUCUGAAAUACUUCCUACGAUACCGGCCUCUCAUCAAGGAGCAGUGGCAGCAUGUGGAGCUAUCUGACAGCACUUCCCACACCAUCACAGACGCCUACGCUGGGAAGGAAUACAUCAUCCAGGUUGCUGCCAAAGACACAGAGAUCGGCACAUGGAGUGACUGGAGCGUCGCUGUGCAUGCGACACCCUGGAUUGAGGAACCAGUGCAGACCACCUCCACCACCGAUAUGGAGUAUCUCACACAGACUAAGACUUCGCCCAUACCGUCGUCCAACGCGCCACAGAAGGCCGAGCCUCCGGUGGGAAGAGCUGGCAGGCUGCUCACCUUCUUCUCACCUCUGCUGCUGGGGAUGCUGCUGCUGCUCAUGUAAUGUAGCCAUCUUAUUGCCAGAAGGAGAGGAGAACGAGGAACGAGGAGGAGGCUGCAUCUUUGUUAUUCUCUUUUGCACAUGUUCCCAGGAUACAGUGCAUUGAUCAUUUCUGUCCAUCACACACUACACCGCCAAGAUGACUUGGACUAUGCCCCCACCCCCCCAACCCCCACGCGCCCUCAUGCAGCAUUUUUAAUUAACGGUGACAGAGAUGUUCUCCAGAGGAGCUUUUUUUUUUGGGCCUUGGCGUUGUCAUUUUCAUCAGUAGCGAGAGUAGGAGCAGUGCUUACAAACAGUCAUCAUCUAACGGAACCUGCUGGCUUCCUUAAGGAGCCACAACUGGCUGAUUUGUUUGGCUGGCAACGGCAUUGAUUCCCUUUUUGCCUUUUUUUUUGGUCAGAUUUCACUGAUUUUGAAGCAAUUCUUCUUUUGUGACAACACAGCGGCAUUCACACACACACACACACAAACACAAAUUCAAGCAUGUGUGCAUGUGUUUGUCACGGUGCCCCCAUACAGCUAAACAGUCAUGCCAAAGACCCAACGACACCCCCACCCUGCUGAAAAACAGUCCGCUUGGUUAAAAUAAUGGAUUGGAAAGGCUUUGAAAAUUGUGGUCCCCUAAUUGAUCCACUUUGAAUCAAACACGAGGAAUCCUGCAUCUCAGGGUUGCUUUCACCUUCCUUUUUGUAAACAAAAAAGUCAGAAAAUAUAAUCUGCAUUCCCCCCCACCCUCACCAACUGAAAUGGACUUAAAACUUGGAAUAAGUCUGCCUUAUUUCCGCUCUUUGCUUUGUAUUCAGCGACAGCCAAGAAGGACUUGGAUUGUACAAAAAGAAAUAUAUCUAUAUAUGUAAUAAAGUCUAAAACUGCCCAACUAUUUGUUUGGACUUUUGACAAAAACAAGGCUGUUUUUUUUUUUUAUUUGGAGGCAUUGAUGGCUGUAAAAAUAACGAAAACAUCACUUUGCUUUCUGACGCCUUCAUAAACAUAGAAAAUGUCUUAUUGCAGUUUUCAAAAGCCAAGACCUGUUGGUAUUAUGUUAUUCAGAUGGGUUCUGAUGUGUUUUAUUGUCAUGAUUUUUUUUAAUAUAUAUUUUAUGGACAAAUAAUUACAAAAAAAACACAUAUAGGAUUUAGUUUUUUUCUGGCUUUUUUAAAAAUCAGACGUUCAUAAUGGCUUAAUUCUCUGAUCCUAUUUUGUAAACUAUGAUAUGUAACUUUAACAUUGAAGACAAAGUUUAUUAUUUAAUAAUAAUAAUAAUGAUAAUAAUGUAUGUAUUUAGCAGUAGAAUGUCGUAACCUGUACCUGGGGUCUUUUUUAUAGCUGUAUAUACAAUGACAGGUUUCAACCAUUAAAUGUGACCAUUUCACAAUGAAUGACGGCGCACUGGCUCUCAUUUUACUAACCUUGUCCUCCUGUUCUCUUUAUUGGUUUUAUCAUCAAAUUGGCGCCACGAAAACUUUGAAUUUGAAUUUUUAACAUUCAAGACGCAAAACAAAACUAGACUAAGUUCUCCAUAUAUGUGAUGUUUUCAUGUAUGAAUGUGCUCUGCCAUUGGCUAAUGGC